AUGGCAUCAUCUAAUGCUUUAUUAGUGCCUUCGGUUUCUUCAAUGUUAAUGAAGAGUGAUAAUUUGAAAACAUAUUUUCCUCUAUGGGUUGAUGAUUUAAUUAAUUCCAAUGAGCAUCGUAACGUUCAACAAAAGCUUCUCUCGACUAUUAAUCAUUUAAGAGUGUUCGAAAAUACCAUUGAAUGUGGAAUUUACAUUCGUCAAUCAAAAGAUGAUCAAAUUCUAUUAAUCGCCAGUGGACAAUUGGGCUUUGUGGUUGUUCCUCUUAGUCAUACAUUGAUACAAAUCAGCUCCAUAUAUGUCUAUUAUUUAAAUUUGAGUAGACAUCACGAGUUGACAUCAAAAUUUACUAGAACUCCAGCACCUGUUACAGAUUUAUAUGAACUAAUUGAGAAGAUCAACAUGAAUCGAAAGAGUAGGGAGAAAUGGUUCGGUGAACCUCUACUUAUCAGUGUAUGCAAUCCUGCUUUCAAUGAAGAACGUUCUUCAACAAAUAUCAACGGUCGUUUUCUUCAUUUCCAACUUUUCAUUAAUGGUCUACUGGACUAUCCAUAUGAUCAAACAAGUCGAGAUAAAUUUUUCGAUCUAUGCAAAAAGGAAUAUCAAGACAAUCGUCAACAGUUGUCCAUAAUCAAAGAAUUCGAAGAAUCAUAUGUUCCGGAACGAGCUCUCAAUUGGUAUUCAAGACAAAAGUUUCUCUAUGAAAUGCUCAACAAAGCUCUACGAAUUCAGAAUGUCAAUGUUUUAUUUCUAUUCCGAUUCUUUAUUCAAGAUUUAUAUAAACAGCUAAAAAAAUUAAAACGAAAGCAAGCUCAAAAAUCAAUUCGUGUUUAUCGAGGUCAAUAUAUGUCAAAACAAGAAUUAGAUGUUUUGAAAGAAUCUAACGGACAAUGCAUAUCGAUGAAUUCAUUUCUAUCAACAAGUCUUGAUCGGGAAAUAUCUCGUAUGUUCGUUCCAACUAAACUUGGAGAUCUUUGUGUUGUUAUAUUCGAAAUCGAUGUUGAUCCACAUUUAUCUUAUGGAGCAAAGCCAUUUGCUGAUAUUAGUUCGCAAAGUCAAUUCAGAGAUGAAAAAGAAAUUCUGUUUAUGAUUGCAUCCAUCUUCCGUCUUGUUAACAUUCGACAAGAAAACGAAAUUACUGUUAUUCAAAUGGAACUAUGUAGUGGAAAUUAUGAUCAUGAUAUGAAACUUCUUUUAAAACAUAUGCAAAUGGAAAAUGAUAAAUAUCAUGAAUGUUUUUCAUUUGGUCAUGUACUGCGUACGGCAAGAAUGUAUGAUCUAGCGGAACAAUUCUAUAAUAGAAUGUUGAAUGAAUUGGAAAAUGAUCAUCCAUUGGUUGCCGAACUUUGGGGUUCAAUAGGGCUUGUGAAAAAAGCAAAAGGAGAGAUAGAGAUCAGUUCUCAAUGCUUAAGCAAGUCGUUGGAAAAAUAUGAACAAAUGAGAGAUCGUACAGGAAUUGCUAGAUGUUUACAAAAUUUGGCUAAUAUUCACCACAUGAAAGGAGAACUUAAUCAAGCCAUCGAUAAAUAUAGUCAAGCAUUGAAUAUCUUUCACGAAUUGCCUGGCAAUCAAGAUAAGUCAAUUGCCAAUUGCCUCCAUAAUUUGGGCGCUACUUAUUGCGAGCAACGUAAGUUCACUGAAGCAGUUGAAUAUUAUAUGGUUGCGUUGAAUAUUCGAAAAACAAUUUUACCACACACGCAUCCUGAUAUUGCAACGACGCUUAACAAUAUAGGUAAUGUUUAUUUUCUCAAGAACAAAUAUGAUUGUGCUCUUCAGUAUUUUGAACAAGCUUUGGAUAUCUUUAAAAUAUCAUUGCCAUCCGAACAUCCAUCUAUAGCAAAAAUUUACUACAAUAUGAGUCUAUAUUACUUAUCAAAGAGUGACUAUCAACGAUCGUUAGUCUUUUUAAAUAGAGCGGCUUCUAUUUAUCGCAAUACACUUUCACUGGAUCAUCCAGACGUCCAUCGUUGUGCCAAUACUAUCGAUUAUGUCAAACAAAAACAAUCUCAAGAAAAAUAG